CCCCUCCUGCUCCUCCUCCGGUCGACCGGCCACAUUCCCGCUACCUUCCCCCGUGACGAGCACCGAUCUGACGGCGAAGCAGCGGACGAGCCCCGGGACAACAUGGCGUCAGGCGUGACAGUGAACGAUGAGGUCAUCCGAGUGUUCAACGACAUGAAGGUGAGGAAGUCCUCCACCGUGGACGAGGUGAAGAAGAGGAAGAAGGGAGUUCUCUUCUGCCUGAGCGAGGACAAGAAGAAGAUCAUCGUGGAGGAGGGGAAGCAGAUCCUGGUGGGAGACAUCGGAGAGACCGUGGACGACCCCUACGCCUCCUUCGUCAGUCUCCUCCCCCCCGACGACUGCAGAUACGGCCUGUACGACGCCACCUACGAGACCAAGGAGUCCAAGAAGGAGGACCUCGUCUUCAUCUUCUGGGCUCCGGACGGUGCUUCCAUGAAGAGCAAGAUGAUCUACGCCAGCUCCAAGGACGCCAUCAAGAAGAAGUUUACAGGAAUCAAACACGAGUGGCAGGUGAACGGUUUGGACGACAUCCAGGACCGGGCCACGCUGGCGGAGAAGCUGGCCGGGAACAUGGUGGUGUCUCUGGAGGGCAAGCCGCUGUGAUGUCACGGCGGCGAGCGAGGGCGGAGCCAAGCCAACCGCCGUGCCAUCCGGACCGAAGCACCCCCCCCCCCCCCUGAACACCGCCGCUUCACCCAGCAGCUUGCUCUGUCUGUGUUCAUGUCCUGAAGGAGUUAGUGUCUUUAGGCCUUGUUCUUGUUUUUUGUUCUUUUUGCUUUUUUCCAACAUGAAGGAGAUCUCAUUAACAUAACGAUAUGCAAACUCCUCCCAGUUUGUUGCCACAUGACUCUGUUCACCUGCUACCAAACCCCAGGAAGGCUGUCUCUCUCUCAGCCAGAGUUUUGCCAAAAAGUCGAUGUGAAGGAAGCAGCCGAACGCUGGGAGGCGAGCAACGCAACACGCCGCCAAGCUCCGCCUCCUGCAGCACACGCGUUUUUACAUAUGACUUUAUUUAUUAUUGUAAAGUGUUGUUUCUUCUCCAGUUGGUUCCCACCAGGCAGACCCGUUGUUAGACUAUGCAUCCAGAAGAGAAGCUGACCUUUGUGUUGAAACACUACAGCCGAGACAGAAACGAUCCUGAGGUUGAUUCUCUGUAACGUUUGUUUCCUCAGUUUUCAUUUCCUGUUGGUCGCCGCUUUACUUUCAGUUUGAAUGUAACUGUCACACCAGAGUUAGAGUGCACUUUUAUUUUGUAAAGAAACACUACAGGAAGCAGAUUUGACCCCAGCAGAGAGACGACCCCACAACAACAACAACAACAACAACACAACGACAUCUGGAGCCUUAAAGUGGAACGUUGUUUCUGAGAUCACAGGAAGCCACUUUGCAAUAAACGCCUGUGGCAGAUCUGA